AUGGCAGCCAAAGUCUUCCUCCCCCUCCUUAGCGUAUUCGCGUUGUAUGCCAUUUUCUACUUCGCUGAGAUCAAUGGCUUGCACCGUCUGGCACUGGAGGCUAUCGCCUCAAGAAAAUUGCCCGGCACCAACGAGCCCCUGCGUACAGUCUAUACGGGUGUUGAACCAAUAGACGAGGUACUGGCUGGAUUGAUCACUUUUUUCUGGCCUGCCACCGAUGGUAGCAGUCCGGCCAUGACGUUGCAUUCUAUUGCCUUCUCUGGAACGUUCGGGGCUGCUUGGAUGCUUGUAACGAUGGAGUCAUGGAGACGCGGAAAUGCAUGGACAGUCGCCGCCUUUCCCAUGAUCUUUGGCCUUUUGGCGCAAGUGCUCACUUUCGCCUUCGCCACGCCGCUGUACUGCGCCCUCCAGCUAUCUAGCUCCGUCACCGCGCGCAAACCCAAUCCUGAGAACAUUCGUAUCUCUCGGGUUGUGCUCAAUGCCAUUCCCUUGGUCUUCGUGGUGGGGUUCAUGGUUCCCACCGUGCUCAUAACCGUUCCCGUUUCGGAGCAUGUCACGACCGACAUGAAGCAAAUCUUCAUUGCCUCUUGGCAACCCUGGCCUGCAUACGUCGCCAUCGCUCUCACUGUGGUCAACGUCCUCUUCAGCCCCUUUGUGAGCAAUGACCGUUCGAUUGAAAGUGGGCGCGCGUCUCUCCGAUCCCUGCGAUUUGUAUACGCCUUUGCAUUUGCUAGUGCUGCCAUCACCCAUCUGAUUUCGUGGACUCUGUCCCUAGCUACCGUUGUCGUGCCUGUUAUCUUCGAGGAGGGGGUCUUGCAUGCACUGCAUCCGUCGAAGGUCUUUGAGAUCGCACUUCCUUGGGCAGUGCCUGCACUGCAGGUGAACAGUAUCAGUGAGGGUGUACAUGUCUUUCUACGCUGGGAUUACCUGGUCGGCUCCGCUGGAGUGCUGAUCUGGGCACUGAGCUUGUACAAAACCGCUCACAGGGUGGUCUAUGGUCAGGUUCGGUGGUUCGACCUGCUGAAAAAGGUUGCGCUGUUGGUGGUUCUGGUCGGGCCUGCGGGAGCCGCUGUGGAGUUGAUGUGGGAACGUGAUGAGCUGAUCAUUCAUGGGAUUGGGGGUCUGAAGCGCCAGGCGUCGCAGGAGAAGAAGUUUUCAUAG